AUGUUAAUCAACGAUCAAAAUCAAAAUUUAAACAGUAUUGAUAAAAAAAUAUUGGAUUUUUAUAGAAAGGAAAGAUUUCCUUUGCACUAUUGCAUUCGAAAUGGAAAACCAGAACACUUCUAUCAUGUAUUUAGGGAUUUUAUUGCAGACUGUGAUGGUGAUAAAAAAUACAUCAUAAAUGAACGAGAUUAUAAUCUUAAUACCCCCCUACACAUAGCUGUUUUAUCUCUAAAUUUAGGUAUAGUUGAACAUUUAUUACGUCACGAAGCAAAUCCUAAUGUAAAAAAUGCAGUAAACAGUACACCUCUACACAUUGCAGCUCAUAGGGACAAAGAUGGAUCUAUCGUGCAGUGUUUAUUAGGGCAUCGAAAUAAAGCUAAUCCUAAACAUAAAGUUAAUCCUAAACUACGAAACAUAAUAGGAAGUACAGCCUUACAUGUAGCUGUUUUUUGUAAAAAUCUUAAGGCAAUAGAACACUUUUUUAGCUAUAAUAACGGAGCAAAGGUAUUCCUAAACAUCCCAAAUAAUUGUGGAGAGACACCUUUAGAUUUAGCUAAGAAAAAUCAAGAUGUUUUAGACUUUAUUAAUGAUCAGAGAAAACUUAUUGCUUAUCACAUGGUUACGUAUCCACUUCGUCAUAGUCCUUUUAUGCAUCUUGCUAAUAAUGUUAUAGUAGAUAUUAACAAUAUAUUAUUAGAUGAUAAAAGCUUAAUAUUAACAGGUUUGAUAGAUUGCUUCAAUAGGCCUAAGAUACAUCCAUUGAUGUUGGAUACAAUAAGAUAUAGCAUAGAAUGUGGUGCGAGAAUAUUUAAAAUGGAUGGUAAUGGCAAAAGCAUGAUGUCCAUAUUAGUAGGAAUUAAGGAUGACAAGCAAAGAAGAAGUAUAUGUAACACACUUGAAGCAUAUAAAGACAGUUUAUGUAUUGAAAAAGAAAAAUCUUGUGUUGAAGAAAUGCCAGAUGGUUCUGCAAAAGAGCAAAUGCGUCAGUUACUUAAAAAGUGGCAAUCUGGAGUUGAAUUAUAUCAAUAUAUAAAAGGAAUUUUUGCAGAUAGCAGAUUACAUGAUCUGCAAGUUCAUGGUGUAAUGUCCAAAACAUCGACAUCACCUGUAUGUAAUGAUAGCUAA